CGCUGCAGUGGUCUUGUCCGGUCACGUGAGUCGGUUGGGCCGAGCUCUGCUCCCAGUGCACCAGAUGCAGACGGGUUCCCACCGCCCUGGUCAGCCACGAACCGCCACUAUGAGUCCUGCGCUGCCACUCGCUGCCUGCUGCCUGGCCCUGCUGGGUGGGCUGCUGGCGGGGGUCGAGGCCGAGGCUGCAGAUACUUGUGCAAACUUUCAGAACUGCAGUUCUUGCAUUGAUAGUUCAAACUCAAGUCAACUACAUUGCAGGUGGAUUAAUUGCAGCAAAGGACUAAAUUAUUCCUGUGUAAAUGCAACUGAAUUCAAUUCAACAGAAUUUGCCAACUGUAGUGACAUUCUUCAUUGUGCUGGUAAUUAUUCAGCGGUUACUACAGUUCCUCCCCUCAGUACCACCGUGCACACAACUACUAUUACUACCACCAUUGCAGCUAAUGUCACUAAUUCAACUUCACGUGCUUCUCCAUCUACUGCACCUCACACUGCUACCAGUACUUCAGUCACCACAAUCACCAGUACACCAGGUGCAAACACUACAGUGAUUCCCCCGAAACCAUCUCCACGCAAAUCCACAUUUGAUGCUGCCAGUUUCAUUGGUGGUGUUGUCCUUGUGCUGGGUCUGCAGGCUGUAAUCUUCUUCCUAUACAAAUUCUGCAAGUCCAAAGACCGAAACUAUCAUACUCUUUAGGACCUGCCACUUCAUGAUGGACUAAUAGCCCAAUAUCUGUAGUUCACUGAACCAAAUUAUUUUUCUGUCCUUUGUGGAAGACAGCAAUUCAUAAUAUCAUUUAAAUCUCCAAAAGAAGACAGAUUUUUUUUUUUUCUUUUGCAACAGUAUACUUGGCAAGAGGUGGUGUGAAUUAUAUCUCUGUCAGCAGGAAUACUUGCGAUAUGCUGCAUGAAUACUUAUGGCUGUCUCUUUUUUUUUUUCUUUUUUUUUUUUUUUGUUCUUUAGUGGCUGCUGCUGUGGGACUUUUUUUACCUUGACAUGCCAAAUGUAGACUUGCAAUGAUUCUUGUAUUAAGUGGCAACGCUAUCUUGAGCAAACAAUCUCAUGAUUGUGAAGGCUAAUUCAGUCUGCCUUAGAUUCAGUAUCCCUACACUUCUUAUCAAGAUGUGAAUUACCAGUGACUGACUUCCGGGAAUGAAAUACCACAUGUGCUAGCUUGUGGCUCUUGUGUGCUGCUAGGAAGGUGAACAACAAAGGGCUUCUAGAAGUAAUACUGUGUCUUAAUGAAAUGUCCUCUUAAAUGGAAUGAAAUAAUUACAAAUCCAUAUUUUUCUACAUUAGAGUAAAAGCUACUUAACAGGAAAUUGCAUUCCACACCCAAAUUUAGUCUCUGCCCAUUUUCAGCUAAGUUAUUGUUGGAGAUAGGGUGGGGAUGGAUGAUAUUCCCUUAAGGGGAAAUAAAGACCAGUGCCUUAUGAGUAAAAGGUAAAUAGCAAACAUAAGUGUGUACCACCCUCCUCCUUUUUUUUUCCAGUCUCAUGGUACUAACCUCAGAGUAAAGCAGGGUACAGGGAAGGUGUUACCAUUCUGAUUGCAAAAUUCACCAGAUAACUGAGAUGUUAUUUACUGGUCCUUUAUUAAAAGGUAAUAACUAAUUUCGAGGAAGGAAGACCGGGCUAUAAGAACAACUAAUGGAAGUUUAACUUGUUUAUUUUUUAAUAAUUUUGCUAUUUCUGGCCCAUAAUAAGGUAACCAUAGGAAGGGUAAUUCUUUUUCCUUGCUUUAAAAGAACACCAUCUUAAAUGACACUUGUGUAAAAGAUGCUUGUGACAAAUUCAAGACUACUUAGAACUGAAAAUGUAACUUGCACUGUUCACUUCCCUCUGUCCUGCAUAAACCAAAAAGGAGGGUAGGGAAGAGAAUUGGAAAUGAUUACUAAUUGGUAGGUGUAGUGCUGAAAACAGUGUAACUUGCAAAACUUGCGAGGCUUUAAAUGGUGUCCCUUUAUUGUCUAAGGAAAUUCUGUAUUAAGUUUUGACAUGUUACCUGCAUGGCUUUUAAAUUGGGUAUCUAAUCUAAAAUGUAUGGGCUGUAACUUUAAUAUGAAGCAGACUUGAGUGCAUUUUUAGUUGUAAUAAGUUUUUGCUUUCCUUCAUUCUUGUAGCUUGAAUAGCUUUAUUUCUGUUACGUUGCCUAAAAAAUUGGCUGUAUUAAACUAGAGUUUAACAAGCAGUACUGUAACUUUAGAGAAUUGCAGGCUAAUGCAUUCCUAAAAGACAAUCAGCUCAGGUUUAGGAAAUACAGACUAAACAGCCAACUUUCUAGGAAGCAAUGUGCCUGGAUUGGAUGGUGUAUCCUUGGCCUUAUUGUAAAAUUAUUGUCUGUCAUUUCCCCACCCCCUAAUCUCCUUACAUUGUUUCAUAACUUUUUAAUUGGGCAAAUGAACAUGCUCUGUGCACUUAUUUCUAUAAAAUCACAUGAACUUGUUCCAUGUUUUGGAAUGGAGUAUAAAUGCGUCUAAGAGCAAUUGAAUAAUACCUCCAUCUGAUUGCAGUGAAGUAGAUUAGAUUAUUCCCAGUAGUGCUCCUAAUUAUUUUAUCUAAUAAUGUUCUUCCUUGCUCUCUAAGGGCUUCAACACUUAAUCUUGGAAACUUGCAGCAAGGCUACCAGAUACUUCACAAUAAGGAAAAAAAAUACCAUGGUUGAACUUGAAGCAAAUGGAGAAAUACGUAUAAAAUCUUGCUAAAUGCCUCUUUACUCUUGCUGUGCUGAUCCUAAUUUAGUUCAUAAAUGUGCUGAUGAAGCACACUCAGUCAUUUUUUCAAGUGCCUUAAAAUUGUUUAAAAUCUUUUUGCCUCAAAUUUGUUUGAAAAAGAUAGGAGGGGUUAUUUGCCUUACCCGCUAAAAACAUCUCUUGGUGCCAGCAGUUGCUAGUUUCCAAGACUUUAGGAACCCAGGAUCUUGGUGUCACAGAUGCCAGUCUUCAGGAAACUCAAAUUUUUGUGUUGUAAAUCAUAGGCUUGUCCUUGAAAGGUGUUGUGGCCUGCAUGCUUGCCUUGCCAAUUGAGGCUUUAUCAACUUAGAGAUUGAUGGCUAGGACUGAGUUGCCUACUAUCUGCUCAUUUCGGAUUGCUAUCUUUACAAUGUCCAUGGUCACUGCCCCACAAAAAGCAGUGAGUAACAAGUUUCUUGCCAAACAAGUGUCCAGCUAAUCUAUGCUGGCUACUAGCAAAGGAUGUGAAGUAACAAACGUACAAUUCCUCUCAGUCUCAUAUGUUUGACGUGGAAGGUAGCUUUCUUUCUAUCUGUUUCCACAGAGUAGUUUUAUUUGCUAUCAGGCUGCCCUUUGGCAAUCCUCAGCACUGAACUGUAGCAACUUUUAAAGCUGUCAUCUGACUUGUUCCUGAAGUCAUCUUGUGCAAAUGAUAUAUCAAGCCUGGUAUCUUAUGGAUGUUCCUCACAACGUUGCUAUAUUAAGUUUGUAUUUUGUUUUCAGUGAAAGAAAAUGUAAAACAAUCUGUAAUCACAAAACCAAAUUGAUAAAUAAAUUCACUUAUUGAAUGGA